AUGACAAAUAAAUAUCCAUCAACAUUUGUUCAACAAUAUUCAACAAAAAUAGCCUUUCUUAUUGAUUGUGCCAAUGGUUUAAAUAGUUUUGCAUUAUAUCCACGAUUUAUGGAUAAUUUUCCAUCGAAUAGUGAUGUAUUUUUAUUUUAUUCAAAUAAUGAACCCGAAUUUGGUAUUGAUUUUAAUAUAUCAUAUAUACUUGGUCAAAUUAAUAAAUUAUAUACUGAUUUUAUUCUUAUUGUUGAACAUCAUCCAGCAUAUGAAGAUAUAUGUCAACAAUUAAUUAAUAAUAAUGAUCAAUUACGAGAUCAUAUUCAAGUACGAUCAUUUGAACGUACAAAUGAAUUUGAACAAUUUAUAAAAGAAAUAACACGAUUUCAAAAUGAAAAUGAAAAUAAAAGAACUAAUGAAAAUCAUAAAGUUGUUAUUAAUUUUUCAAAAAAACAUCUUUUUCAUCCAUGUCCAUUCGAAACAAGAUUAGAAUCAUCAGUUUUAUAUCGUUUUGGAGAAUUUCUUCAUCAUCUUGAUACUCAACAUCCUAAUGUUUAUUAUGAAUAUUGUACAGAAUGUCAACAAACAAUAGAAAAUCGUAAUGUAGCAGAACAAGUUACAUUCGAAGAACAUAUUAGAGAUAAACAUUGGGCAAGUAAUGGUUUUCAUCUAACUAUUCGACCAAUACAAUAUGAAUGA